AUGAAUUUGAAGUCCCCUUGCUACGUAGACUCGUUCCCCAUGCUUUACAAAACACAACUCUGCUCCUUUUACGCAAAGGGAAUCUGCGCUAGAGGCAGCAAGUGUAGUUGGGCUCAUGGUGAGUUGGACGUUAGACCCAUGCCCAAAUUUUACAAGACAAGAAUGUGUUACACAUUUCUAUCGGGAAGUUAUUGCGAAGCAUCCAAGUGUACCUUUGCACACACAGAGGAAGAACUGCGAGGAUCUGGAAAGGCCCUUAGAUUAUGCACCAAAUAUUUUUUAGAUGGAUACUGUGCCAAAGCGAACAAAUGCCCGAUGGCCCACAACAUAAACCAGCUGGACCCGUCAGUGAAAUUUUCCAGCAGUGAAUUAAUGAACAGAAUGUACAAUAAUGAGAUGGAGGAGGAAGGAGACGAGCCGAGUUUUUACAAAAACAAAUUGAAUAAGAAGAGGGACGAAAGUGAAAGCAAUGAUGGGGACAAUGGUAGUGUCAAUAUCAAGGGGGAAGACCCCAUCAAUAUGAAUAGCAACAUGUACAACGUGAAGGACCAGGAGGAGAAUCUCCCUGAUGAUAAUAGAAACCGUUAUGCAGUGAUAAGACAUUUGGACGAAGCUGAAAAGGAUGCACAGGGUUCCCACAGAAACAAUUUUAGCUUUUUAAAAAGUCACAGGAAGAAGUUGUACAGUGAGUAUCUGCUCGAGGGGAGUGGGGAAAUCGAGAGAGAUGCCCCAAAAAGCAGAGGCGCGAAAGGAGGCAACUUUACCAAAAUCGAUUUUACCCAAAACGGAGAGUUCGAUCAAAACGAAGAAGUUGCAAAAAUGGGAGACAAGGUAUCAUGCAGGGAGUUCACCUAUGGAGAUAGUAGUUUCGGACGUGAAGGGGAAGGUGUCCCCACGAAGCUCUUUGCGUAUAGGGUGAGCGGCGUGGACGCGGUGAGCGGGGAUGGCCGGGUGAGCGGGGUUGGCAUGGUGAGCGGGGAUAGCCGGGUGAGCGGGGUUGGCAGGGUAAGCGGAGACCGCCUGGGAAAAGCGAAGCUACCCAGUGAACACCACCAAAAUGGAUUUCCCCCCUCAGAAAAUAUGUUCCUCCCUAAUGCGGAUCAUUUUGUUUGCAACUUUGGGAGCAUCAACAAAUUAAAUCAAGGGAAUGUGCACCCCAGCGUGAGCCCCAGCGGGAACUCCAACGUGAACGUGAGCCCCAACUUGUGCCCCAACAUGAACAUGAGCUCCAACAUGAACACCAACAUGAACUCCAACUUGUGCCCCAACAUGAACUCCAACAUGAGCUCCGACUUGAAAUUUGAGAUGCUGAAUGAAAUGGAGAGAUAUAAACACCUGAACGUACAGGUGGAAAAUUACUUUUUCAACAAGAUAAAAAAAAAGGAGUAUCGGGAGAGUUCCCUUUUUGAUUCCAAUACAACUACAUAUGAACACGUGAAGAAUGGAUCUAAUUUUUACAGCGACGGUAUGAUGUAUUUGGAUAGGACUAAGGAGAAUAUAGACCACUUCGAUGAUCUGGGAUUUCGUUUUAACUACAACGGUUGUCUUGGAGUGCAGAAGGACGUUGGCCAGGGAGGCGGAUUUCACGAGGUGGGCAACUCGCACGGCGUGAAUGGCGCGGGCGAUUUGAUCUGCUUUAGUCAGGGGGAUUCCUUUAACUGCGUGGGCCUCAACGGGGAGGACCGCUUUAACUGCGUGGGCCUCAACGAGCAGGACAGCCUUAACUACGUGGGCCUCAACGAGCAGGGCCGCUUUAACUGCAAAGCCCUGAACGAGGAGGACAGCUUUAAUCGCUUUAACCGCGUGAGCCUGGAGAGCCUGAUCCAGAAUAUGAAUAAUCUGAGCCUCACCAAGAAGCAGAUGCCCACGCACCCCCUGGUGAAAACAGUCAAUGGGGAGAGCGCCUCGGGCGGUGAGCCGGAGGAACUAAAAGACACGAAGGAGGGCGAAAUGGGGUCCGAAGGAGAUAUGCACACGGGGGAAGAUACCCACUCGGAGGAGGACCACUCGGAGGACGGCCACUCUGAGGAGGACCACUCGGAGGAGGACCACUCGGAGGAAGGCCACUUGGAGGAUGACCACUCUGAGGAUGGCCAUUCUGAGGACGCCCACUCGGAGGAGAACCACUCCAGGGACAACCAAGCGGCCGCGAUUAAAUCAAAGGACCUUCACCCCGAGGCAGAACAAAUCUACAGUGGUGCCUCCUUCUCGAACAGCAUCGCAAAUAGUGAAUUUAAGAUGCCUUUUUUAAGUGACAAGCUUUCCAGCCACCCGAACCAGCAAAAUGGGUAUUCUGGGCAGUGCAGGCAAACGGGGGAGUAUCACAACGGAGUUAACGAAAGUGCGGCGAAUGGGCUUGUUGGGGGAGGUUCUUCUGGCUUCACCACGAAUGGGCUUGUUGGGGGAGGUUCUUCUAGCUUCACCACGAAUGGGCUUGUUGCAGGCGUCAGUUAUUCCGACUUGAAUGCGAACGGAGUGGCCAACCUGUGCAGUCUAAGGAACGUCCAAACGAGCAUGACCCAUUUGUGCAGCCACCAGAACAACGGCACCCCGAAGAGCAGCCGCGGAAGUGCCAGUAGCGUCCACGAUCAAAUGAUGAACGCCCACUAUGACUUGAGCAGCAUUUACAGAAAACUAAACGCGCAGAGGAGUAUGACCGGAGUGAAGACUCUUCAAAAGGAAAGUAGCAACUACAACCCUCCCGAUGUGUUGAGUGGUCAACACUACCCUAGUGCAAAUCUGUUCACCCCCCAAAGAGCAGUUGGAAAAAAAACGGAAAAUUACGACACUCAGGAAAAGAAGUACUUUUUUAACUACAUAAGUAACUACAUAGAGGGAGGAGGUACCACGACAAGUAGGCAAAUGAACACGGACCGAGACAGAGGCAGAGUCAGCGAAAACGACAUAGGUGCCCGAGUGACUCCAGGUGGCAUGUUCCUAACAAAUGGAAGUGAACUCGCGUGUGGUAGUCAGGGAAGUCGCGGCAGUCAGGGAGGUCGUGGCAGUCAGGGAAGUCGUGGCAGUCAGGGAAGUCGUGGCAGUCAUGGCAGUCAUGGCAGUCUUGGUAGUCAUUGCAGUCAUGGCAGUCGUGCCAGUCAUGGCAGUCAUGGCAGUCGUGGCAGUCGUGCCAGUCGUGGGAGUUGCGAGGAGAGCGGCAACGAUACAGUCAUGAAGAAUAUUUUGCUGGGGAAGACAAACCUGUACUGCACCCCCAGUAGCAGUGGCAUGAAUGAACAUGUAGAGGGCAUAGAAAAUAGCAGCAGUUAUAAUUCAAGGGAAAGGAAUAUCACGAAGGUUGACCCAGCAGGUGAACUGGGCCGAACGGAGGAACUACAUAAAAUGCUCAUGAACGACUGCACGAAUGGUAUGGCUAACUACAACAUAGGGGAUUUUUUUUUUAAAAAAUGAAUGAAUUUGGAUGACAUGAAUGAGGUGAACUACGGCAGCUUGAGAGCCCCUGCGGUGGGGUUCACUAGGCGAACAGAGCAAGGCGUGUCUGUGAAAGGUGGCCUGCUAAAUGGGGGGAGUCUCCACGGAGGCUGCGGACGAGGGAGCCAAGGAGAGCAACAGAACCAGGGCUACAGGAAUGACUACUGUAGUCGUGCGGAACACCCACAGAGAGCCAUGUACAGCCACCCCAACCAUCUGCUGGGUGCUCACAGGAACAACUCGCCGCUGAACCCGCACAGGAACAACUCGCCGCUGAACGCACACAUAGAUUCAUACGAAAUGGCCUACAAAAGUAAUGAGGGCUUUACCAACUAUGUGCACAACGCUAGUAAGGAAGUGGGGAAAAGCAAUGCAGUGACCGAGAAUAGGAGAGGAGGACAGAAUGAGGAGGCCCUUUCAGACGACAGCAACCAGGACAAUAAAAAAAGCCCGCGCAGUUAUAACCCACUGACGUAUAGCUUCAGCGGGCUGUGCGAGUGUUUAGCCAGGGGGGAGGAUGAAGCGGAGAAAGUGGAAGUGGUGGAGGAAGAGGAGGAGGAAGGAGAAGAAGAAGAGGAAGAAGAGGAAGAAGAGGAAGAAGAGGAAGAAGAAGAGGAGGAGGAAGAAGAAGAGGAGCCGUCGGGCGAAAUGUGGGUGAACAUAAAAAGUGGAGACUUCAGCAAAAUGGAGUUCCCGAAGGAUGCUGAGGCUGACGCGAGCGGAUUAUUGAAUACCCAUUCGAUGGCGCGCAAUGCGUCUUACCUGUAUAGGCACACCCAUCACAGGGCAUGCGUUGUGUAUUUUACGACAUGA